UGUCCCCGCUGUCCCCGUGUGCGCCCGGGGCCGGGGUCCCCCUCGCUGUCACCCCCCGUUCGGUGCCAGGGCCGCGCUGGUGGCCCCCGAUGUCGCCGCCGAUGUCGCCGCCGAUGUCGCCGCCGGGUCGCUGGUGCUGCGGGACCUGCGGGGAGGGGACAGUGGCACCUUCACGUGCCUGCUGGUGGGGGACAGCGACUGCGCCUGCGGCACGGUGACACUGCGGCUGGCACACGGUGUCCCCUGCAGCCCCCCCUGCUCCGGGGCCCCCCCGCGCGGUGGCCGCGGCAUCGCCGCCAUUGUCACCAUUGUCACCGCCGUUGUCACCGCGGGUCUGCUGCUGCCACCGGCCAGCGGGCACUGACCCCUCGCCACGCGCCGGGGGCCCUGUCCCCUCCCGGGGGACAGCGGGACACGGGGACAGCGGGACACGGGGACAGGCGGCCAUGGGGCAGCGGCACCGCGGCUGCUGACGGCGGGAUGUCACCGGGGGGGUUGCUGUGCGGGGCCAGCGGCCUGGCCCUGCUGGUGGCCGCCACCGCCACCCCGUUCUGGCUGCAGCGCCGGGCACCGGGGGGCGCUGCCAGCCUGGGGCUGUGGCACGGCUGCCUCGGGGGACAGUGCCACCCCCACGCCACCACCCCAGCGCUGCUGGAGGCCACGCGGGCGCUGCUGCUGCUCUCGGUGGUCGCCGCGGCCGGGGGGCUCGCCCUGGGCCUGCCCGUGGGCACCGGCGGGGCCCGGCGGGAGCGGCGACGAGCGGCCGGGGCCACCCUGCUGCUGGCCGGGCUGCUGGCGCUCUUGGGGCUCGGGCUGGGCUCGGGGGGGUCCCUGGCCCUGCUGGGCCCCCCCCGCAGCUCCUGGAGCUUCUCCUGGUCCUUCAUCCUGGCCUGGGUGGCGGCGGCGCUGCUGGGCUCGGCCGGGAUUUUCCACAUCUGCUCCGCUUCCAAGGAUCCGUCCCCGGAGAGCUCCGAAACUGGGGGGUCCUGAGGGGGCUCCCCGUCCUCCCCCCAGUUUUGGGGUCCCCCCGGGUGUGCUCAGCUGGGUCUGGCCUCUGCUGAUCCCCCCCCUUCCCGUUCCCGUUCCCGGUUUUAUCCCUUUUCCCAAAUUUUGCUGUGCCAA